AUGUGUAAGUUUGGAGAAAUGAAAUGUCAUAUCAUCAUCAUCAUCAUCAUCAUCAUCAUCAUCAUCCAACCUCUAACAAGGCUGCUGGUUCGGGGUGCAGAUUUCAAUCAGGCAGCAGAGAAUUACACAGUUUGCCAAGGGGACAACACGACACUCAGCUGCUACAUCAACCAGGAGGUGACGCGCGUGGCGUGGCUGAACCGCUCCAACAUCCUGUACGCUGGCAAUGACAAGUGGUCCAUCGACCCACGGGUGCAGCUGGUGACCUACAUCCCCUCCAAGUUCAGCAUCAUGAUCACCCACGUUGACGUGUAUGAUGAGGGACUCUACACCUGCUCCUUCCAGACGCAGGACAAGCCGCACACCUCACAGGUGUACCUCAUCGUGCAAGUCCCGGCUCGGAUCGUGAACAUUUCAUCCUCUGUGACUGUGAACGAGGGAAGCAACGUGAAUUUGCUCUGCCUGGCCGUGGGGAAGCCGGAGCCAACGGUGAUCUGGCGGCAGAUGAAAGAUGGAUUCACCAGUGAGGGGGAGUACUUGGAAAUAACAGAUAUCAACCGGCAGCAGGCUGGGGAGUACGAAUGCAUCACAGAAAACGGCGUCUUGGUCCCUGACCGGAAGCACGUGCUCAUCACUGUCAACUACCCUCCAACCAUCACGGAUGUGAAGGACUCACAUCCCCCCAUAGGAAAGAUGGCCCUAUUGCGCUGUGAAGCCAUGGCUGUACCACCCGCGGAAUUUCAGUGGUUCAAAGAUGACAAACAAUUAAUUGGUGGCUCCGAUGGAAUGCAGAUCCAGAAUGAGCGCACUCGAUCCAUCCUGCUCUUCACCAACGUUACUGCUCGGCAUUAUGGGAACUACACCUGCCUGGCUUCAAACCACUUGGGCUCAUUCAACGUCAGCUUACGACUUAUCAGACCAGGUUCCUUGGAAAACAUGGCAGCAGCCAACGUGGGAUCGUCCCUCUUCUUGGGCCUGCUCUCAUCUGCCUUUGUGACUGUGCUGUUUAAGAUUUAG